UAGUCAAUCAGUUUUGUCCUUAUCCACAGAUUUUUAACAUGAAAAAGUCUCAAACUUUGAAAACUCGCUCACUCUCUCUUUUCUCUCUCUCUGUUAGAUCAGGGUUUUAGAUGGCGAAUUGGUUAACGUUUGCAGUGUCACCAAUGGAGAUGAUGAAAUCACCUGAGCAUCAUCCCAACUUCGUUUCUUAUGACGAGUCUUCAACUCCUUACCUCAUCGACAACUUGUAUGUGUUGAAAGAAGAAGCUCAGACUUCAAUGGCGGAUUCAACAGCCUUGGCUUCUCUCUUCGACCCGCCGCAAACUCAUUCUCCCAAGCUCGAAGACUUUCUCGGCGAUUCUUCCUCGACGCAGCAGCAGCAAGACUCUUCCUCCUCUCUCGCUCAAAUCUACGAUCCACGUCUUCACGCCGGAGCUACUGCAGGCUUCGCCUCCUCCGGUGAUGAUCAUCAUCAACAGAACUUCGAGGAGAUGGUGGUGGAGGCAGGGGCUGCUAGCGAAGAAGGUUGCACCAAGGAAGGAGCUUUGUCUCUAGCGGUUAUCAACACUGAUCUUCGUUGCGAUAACGGCGGCGAGAUAGUCGAGAACAGUAAUAAAAAGGUUGUGGUGGAAACAUCGACUGAUGAUGUUGAUUCAAAGAAGAAGAAGAAGAAGGUUGUUGAAACAUUUGGACAACGUACUUCGAUUUACCGAGGUGUCACACGACAUAGAUGGACGGGAAGAUACGAAGCACAUCUAUGGGAUAACAGCUGUAGGAGGGAAGGUCAAGCCCGAAAAGGACGUCAGGUGUACUUAGGUGGAUAUGACAAAGAAGAUAAAGCAGCUAGAGCCUAUGACUUAGCAGCUUUAAAAUACUGGGGUCCUGCUGCUACUACCAAUUUUCAGAUAGCAAGUUAUUCAAAAGAAUUGGAAGAAAUGAAUCACAUGACCAAGCAAGAGUUCAUAGCAUCCAUUAGGAGGAAAAGUAGCGGUUUUUCUAGAGGAGCAUCGAUAUACAGGGGUGUGACAAGGCACCAUCAGCAAGGUCGCUGGCAAGCAAGAAUCGGCCGUGUUGCAGGAAACAAAGAUCUUUACCUCGGAACCUUCGCUACUGAAGAGGAAGCAGCAGAGGCUUACGACAUUGCAGCCAUCAAGUUCAGAGGAAUCAACGCGGUGACUAACUUUGAGAUGAACCGUUACGAUGUUGAAGCCAUCAUGAAAAGCUGUUUCCCUGUAGGAGGAACAGCUGUGAAACGACAUAAGCAGCAGCUCUCUCUUGAAUCUCCUCCUCCUCCUCCUUGUGAUGACCAUAACAACCAACAACGUUUGCUUCUUCCAUCUCCUUCUUCUACUUCCCCGGAGCUAGACCCUAACUCAAUCCCAUGUGGGAUUCCAUUUGAGUCUUCGGUUCUCUACCAUCACCACCAGAGUUUCCUUCAGUAUUAUCCUGCAGUCCCUGAUCCUACUAUGGUCCAGGUUCCUAUGAUGAACCAAGCUGAUCAGUUUUUAAUGUGGUACUAAAAGAUCACCAAUGUUGGUUUUUGAUUUUUGGCUAGCCCGUAAGCUGACACGUUAGUGUGUUUAUCCCUUUCUUUUGUUAACUCUCUAGGCUCUAGGAAGAAGCAGAAACUUUUGGGGUUCAAUUUUGUACUAGUGGUGGAAGUGGAUUGUUGUUCUUUUCCUUAGCGGUGGUUUAUGGGUUUUAGUAAACUUUUUUUUUCUUAUUAUGUAAUCGGCGGCUUAUCGGUAUAACUUUUGUUUUCGUUUAUGAAUGAAUGAAUAUAUCUUCCUCAGA